AUGGUCCGGUCAACGUUGAUUGUACGAGCAUUUGAUGCUCUGCCCCUUGCUGCAAGCGUUGACGAUGAGCAAACAGAACAAGCGCUGCAAGAACACAAACAACAGGCGAAGCUCGUGUUCCGAAGAAUUACACCAAACGCGGAGCCACGCUGUUCGAUUGAGAGUGGUCAAUACACACUACACUACCUUAUAGCGGAUAACGUCGUCUAUCUUGUCAUUGCAGACAAGUCGUAUCCAAGAAAACUUGCCUUCUCCUAUCUGGAUGAGUUGUCCAAGGAGUUUGCAACAUCGUACGGCGCGAAAGUGGAGGCCGUGCGGAAGCCAUAUGCGUUUGUGGGUUUCGACACAUUCAUGAGCAAGACGGCCAGACUAUACCAAGACACGCGGACAGCAAGUGCGGCAGGCAGUUCAGGCCUCGACAAGCUCAAUGACGAGCUACACGACGUCACACGUAUCAUGACGAAGAACAUGGAGGAGUUGCUGUGGCGAGGAGACUCGUUGGACAGAAUGUCACAUCUCUCCACGUCUCUGAGAUCAGAAUCAGAGAAGUACCGAAAAGCCGCACGAAACAUCAACGUCCAGGCCAUGCUGCGACAGUAUGCGCCAUUAGGGGCGGUAGUCUUCAUCCUCAUUAUCAUUCUGUGGUGGCGGUUUUCAUGA